CUGACUUCCCCCCAAAAUUGGCGCGAAAAUCAAUAUCAGCAAAAUUAGGCGUCAAAAAUUACAGUUUGGGCAUUACUUUUCCGGUAGCUCAAAUCGAAUUCCUCCGGCGUUGUAUCCACCGGCAUCGGUACUAAUGUCGACCCAAAGAGCUUCAAAGCGAAGACGUACAGUUCAGAAAGAAGAAAAAGAAGUAGAGGUGAACGGAAGUUCCAAAAAAAAGUCACCAGUAGUGGUAUUUUCUCAUGGUGCUGGUGCUCCUUCCACCUCUGAUUGGAUGAUCAGAUGGAAGGAUUUGUUGACCAAGUCACUGAAGGCUGCUGAAGUUGUGACCUUUGACUACCCAUACAUGUCUAGUGGAAAGAGGAGGGCUCCCCCCAAGGCAGAAAAAUUGGUUGAUUUUCACUCUAAUAUUGUCAAAGAGGUAGCUGCUAAAUACCCUGGGCAUCCGCUUAUCUUGGCAGGGAAGUCAAUGGGUUCAAGGGUUAGCUGCAUGGUAGCUGUUGAUGACAUCGGUGCUUCAGCUAUUGUUUGCUUGGGUUACCCAUUAAAGGGUGCGAAUGGUGCAACACGAGAUGAGUUGCUGUUACAAAUUGAUGUACCUGUUAUGUUCGUGCAGGGUAGCAAAGAUGGGCUUUGUCCACUCAAGAAGCUGGAAGCUGUAAGAAAGAAAAUGAAGUGUGUUAAUGAAUUAUAUGUGAUAGACGGUGGUGAUCACUCCUUCAAAAUUGGCAAAAAGCACUUGCAGUUGACUGAGUCCACCCAAGAGGAAGCUGAAAAGCUUGCUGUUCAUGCUAUUGCAACUUUUGUUUUUAAUCAUGUGAAAGAGGGGUGAAGUACUUAACGGUAAGAAACGGGUGAUUGUUUAAAAUAUUUUGUCCCGUUUGCACAAAGAUGGUUCAUGAAUGCUUCCUUGUAGUGUAUAGGAUCUUUUUCCUUUUUGUUUUUGGAGGCGGGGGAAGGGGGUGGAAGUGGUGUUUUUAAAAUAUUUUGUCCCGUUUGCACAAAAAUGUUGCUCCCUGUGAAGUAUUACUAGUAAUUAGUAUCUGAAGCUUUAGCCUCUAGUUCUUUUGUCCACCUCAAGAGUAUCCUCUUUGUCUAUUUCUCUAUAAUUUCAUUACUUCCAUGCUCAUCUUCAUCAAUGGUCCAAGCUUCUGUAUGACAAAUGUGGUAUAUACUCACUUAAAGAAAUAGCAGGUUCCUGUAAGUAGUUUCUGAAAAUUUGUCUGUGGUUUUGGUUAUAGCCAAGACGUAUGGCCAUUAUAUGUGCAACCCCGUUCAUAAGGUAUUUUCUCACCACCCAAUUCUUUUUUGU